UCUCCUCCUCUCCUGCAACAAUGUAUCCUUCAAUCACUAAUCACUUCCGAAAGGAGUCAUCACCCUCACCACCAUCUGCACCGCCAUCACCAACCCCGACACCAAUUUGUCCAACGGAUCCCAUGACAGCCACAGGCAUUCCUGUAAAUGUAUCAAGCCAAAUUAGUCCCACAGCCCCUGCUGUCACCAACAAUUUUCAAUUGCCAGUCGCUUGGUCCACUGGUCUCUGCGGUUGCUGCGAGGAUGUUAGCAGUUGUUGCUUGACGUGCUGGUGUCCCUGCAUUACAUUCGGACGAAUUGCGGAGAUGGUUGACAGAGGAUCGACUGCCUGUGGAGUGAGUGGAGCACUAUACACGUUGAUACUGUGUUUGACGGGUUGCUCGUGUUUGUACUCAUGCUUCUACCGAUCAAAGUUGAGGGGCCAAUAUUUCUUGGAGGAAAGUCCUUGUUCCGAUUGUUGUAUCCAUUUUUGCUGCGAGGAAUGUGCCUUGUGUCAAGAGUAUAGAGAGCUCAAGAACCGUGGCUUUGACAUGUCCAUAGGGUGGCAUGGGAACGUGGAAAGGCAAAAACGAGCGGCUGCAAUGGCUCCUGCAAUUGAGGGAGGAAUGACGAGAUAGAGCUCUGCUACAUACUUUUAUUUUUCUCCGCUGCUUAGCCAAACGAAGAUGCUGUUACCAUUUUUAAAAUAUUUAUUCAUUUUUUACAAUUUCUCUUUAUUUUUAUUUACCAUAAUUAAUAAUGAAUAUCCAUUCCUUAGUUAUUGUAUAUGCACUUAGAAUAUAAACUUAAGAUCAGAUUAUUCUCAUUUAUGUCUGGUUUAUCACAGAUUUAAAACAUAAGAUGUAUAAGAAAUUAUUAGAUGCAUAUGGUACAUAUAUAAUAUCUCUCAUAGUCAUAUUAGACUCACUCUCUAUAUUAUAAAGAGAACACACUUUUCUGUAAGAAAUGGAGCACUAUUUUUUAAUAUUUUUGAUGUAUCUAAUAAU